GUGGUUUGAGGAGGGGACUGGGUGGUGACGAUAGACUGAUGCGAAAAGGUGGAAGUGAAAGUGUGGCUGUUAGAAAACAGCCUCAGUCACACAGCAGUCAGAGAUGGAUAAGUUUAAGACGGUUCUGAACAUUGCCAACAAACAAACCAACUUUGGUUUUGGGCUGGUCGCCCUGCUGACAGCAGGAGGGGAGCAGAUCUUCUCCUCUGUGGUGUUCCGGUGUCCCUGCAGUGAGCUGAAUUUUUUGUACGGUAUGGUGUUCCUGUUGGUGCCUGCUCUGGCUCUGCUGCUGCUGGGUUACAUCCUGAGUAAGAAGACAUGGAAGCUGAUGACGGGUCUAUGCCAGCACACGGGUGUGCUGUGCCACUGGAGGAAGCUGACUGCCGCUUGCAUGGUCCUCUUCCAGAUCUCCACUACGGCGCUGGUGGCACCCUCUAGCUGGAUUGCUGUGGCUCUGCUCAGCGGGAACUACUACGAGUGUUUGAUGACAGGGACCAAUGUGAGCGCUUUCAACAAGAUUCUGUGUGGACAUGGGACCUCUCCGGCUCAGUGUGAGAAGGACCUGUACAGGUUCCCCUGUAAGACAGACAGCAGUGUACCGCAGGCUGACAGAGAGGAUGUUCUGCUCACUCUGAGAGCUCAGUCCCAGAUUAUAGGUUGGCUGCUCAUCGCCUCUGUCAUGUUGUCCAACCUGCUGCUGAUCUGUGUGGCUCGGUGCGCCUCCCCCGUCAGCUACCUGCAGCUUAAGUUCUGGAAGGCAUACGCUCAAGAGGAGAGCGACCUUUUUGAUUCAUUUGCCACGGACCACGCCAAAGAGCUCGCCACGAGGAACCUUAAGAGUUUCUUCAACCAAGCGGUGCCUGACGCCAUCGUCACCCCUUCCAACAAGGACUGGGCGAAGAUCUCCUCCCUCUACAAGUUUAGCACCAAAAGACAAUACUACAGCACCUUGCACCAGUACGUGGAAAAGAGCCAGGAGUCUGAAGGGUUGAUGAAGAUGACUUCGAUCAAGUCAAGCGGGUCUGCUGAUGGCAACCCCGCUGUUCUUGAUUUUGUAGAUGAUGGCAGGAUGGUGCUGUGAGGAGGUUUUUCAACAUCUAAAGAUUGUGUCACUGUUCGGUCUGCUGAUACAUGAAUGAUACUGAUAUAGUCAGUGAAUUGCACAGUGCAGGCCUAAUCCAAAGAGCCGAGGGGCAGUGAGAGGUGAAAGACAGGGGUUACCUCAUAUCUUGCUCUUAAGGGAGAAUGUAUUAGCUUAAUUAUUAAGUAGAGCACCCAGCUUAGCUGUACAGCUACUCCAUGACUGUUCAGACUGAACAAUCGAAUGAACACCACAUAACGUGUUUACCAUGUCCGUGCAGGGUUAAACAGGAAAUGUGUCCCCUUCACACACUGGUUGUAAGAGUUGACCACUUCCUGUGCACUGCUGGUAGGCAGCAUACGUACAUGCAAACAUUCAGCAAAAUGAAACUCAGUGAUGAAGAGAAUGUCUUUCUUUUACACAUGCAACAUCCUGUGCACACUCAACGUGCAUUCAAAAAAGUGAACUGAUAAGUUGAAUAAUGGUGUCAUUAACAGCAGAUAAUGAUGUGUGAACAGAGGAUGUUACUCAACUGACGGUAUAAUGCACUCAGAGUAUUUCAGAGUAGUCACUCUUGUGGGAAUGGAACAGAAAAAAAAAAAACAUCAAUGGGUUGUCAUCACUUCCUCAGUGCUGACUAUCUC